AAUUUGGAAGAGGCUAUCCUUAUUCUAGAGGAAGCCCUUUCAUUAUGCCCGUCAACGCACAUCGACAGAGCGAAGCUCGUCCCUUAUGUUCUCCGUGCAUUGGCCUUGAAAGUAUACCACUCAGGGGCGCUGGAAGAUCUUGACAAAGCUAUCUAUAUUGGACAGAAGGCUCUUGAUAUUGCCCGUCUCAACGUUCAUCCACUGUUCAAUAUUCUCCAUGCGGUGGCUGGACUGUUAGACCUCCGCCAUCAGCUCACUCACUCGGAGGGACGCGACCUUGAAGAGGCUAUCAAGCUCAAACGUGAAGCUGUGUUGUUAUCACCCCCAAUCUCCUCGGACCACUGGCAGUCCUUUGCUAGUCUUGCCAAUGGUCUUCGUAUGCGGUUUUAUUGGCAGGGUGAAAUCAGUGACCUCGAAGAAGCAGUUCAGCUCGGUCGCAAGGCGGCAGAUAGCAUUCCUCAUGGUGAUUACCGGCAGUAUAUUCCCGCAUCUUGCCUGGCCGACUCGUUAAGUUUGCGCUUUGCUGAAACGGGAGAUUUUUCCGAUCUUGCCGAAGCGUUGAAAUGGGAUCAAUGCGCAUUAGCAGCAGUAUCACCGUCACAAGCUCAGUAUUUUGACAUCGCAAGCAUGGCAGUAUCACACCUGUGCACACGAUUUGAACACUUUGGCACAACGGAGGACUUGGAGCAAGCGGGCUUCUUUCAUCCCUGUCUCCCGCGCAUGGAAACCGGCCUACAGUAG